UUGCAAUUUUUUGAAAACAUAAAGAAUAUAUAAGCAAAUAAAAAUUGGCAUUAUAUUGUAUAAAUUAACAAUACAAUUUACCAUUGAAAAACGGUGUAUACUAAUACUAUUCAUAUUGGAUUUAAAUGUUGGCCGCUAGUUUCACGCUACAGGCAGUCGUUUCGAGAGCCUCCCACAACUGUUCUAUACCUCUAGCAGUUUGGACGCGCCGCAUUCGAAAUAUAUAGAAAAAAAAUAUAAAAUGGAUACGGAACAAUUUCGCAAGCAUGGCAAGGAGAUGGUGGACUAUAUAUGUGAAUAUUUAGAGACAAUAAAACAUAGAAGAGUAACACCAACAGUAAGCCCGGGAUGGUUAAAAAAUAAGAUUCCGCUGGAAGCACCUGUACAACCAGAAUCAUUUGAUGCAAUAAUGAAUGACGUUGAUAACAUAAUUAUGCCAGGAGUAACUCAUUGGCAACAUCCAAGAUUUCACGCUUAUUUUCCCUCUGGUAAUUCAUUUCCUUCAAUUUUAGCAGACAUGCUAUCUGAUUCCAUAGCAUGUAUAGGUUUUUCAUGGGCCGCAAGUCCUUCGUGUACAGAAUUGGAAACUAUAGUUUUGGAUUGGCUCGGCAAAGCCAUAGGAUUACCACAAGAGUUUUUAACAUUUUCAGAAGAAGCAUCAACAACUAUUGAUUCUGUGAGAAAUGAUGAUAGUGAAACCGAAAUACAUAACGGCAAAGGCGGUGGGGUACUUCAGAGUUCAGCGAGUGAGUGCAUAUUUGUUUGUAUGCUAGCAGCUCGAGCUCAAGCAAUUAAACGAUUGCGGAAACUUCACCCAUUUGUUGAAGAGGGUGUGCUUCUAUCCAAACUGAUGGCUUACUGUUCUAAAGAAUCGCACUCGUGCGUAGAAAAAGGCGCUAUGAUGGCAUUUGUUAAACUACGUAUUCUCGAACCUGAUGAAAAUAACAGUUUGAGAGGGGCUACGUUAAGACAAGUGAUGGAACAAGACGAGGCAAUGGGAUUGAUACCAUUUUUCGUAUCCACUACAUUAGGAACAACGUCAUGUUGUUCAUUUGACAAUAUACCCGAAAUUGGUCAAGUAUGUCAGCAGUUUGAAACCGUUUGGUUACACGUUGAUGCUGCUUAUGCUGGAAGUGCAUUCAUUUGUCCGGAGUUUCGAUCUUUAAUGAAUGGUGUACAAUAUGCAGAUUCUUUUAAUCUCAACACAAACAAGUGGUUGUUAACAAAUUUUGAUUGUUCAUGUCUUUGGGUAAAAGAUCGGUUUAAAUUAACUUGUGCUUUGGUGGUCGAUCCUCUAUAUUUACAACAUGGUUAUGCUGGUGCUGUAGAUUAUAGACACUGGGGUAUACCAUUGAGUAGACGUUUCAGAUCGCUGAAGCUUUGGUUUGUGCUGCGCACAUAUGGAAUUUCUGGACUUCAGAAGUAUAUUAGACACCAUUGUCAACUAGCAAAACGUUUUGAAAGAUUGGUCAGAAGUGAUAAUAAGUAUGAAGUUUUAAAUGAUGUAAAGAUGGGGUUAGUUUGUUUUCGUUUGAAAGACGAUCCGACCAACAAACUUAAUAAAAAGCUCUUAGAAACCAUUAACGAAUCAGGAAAACUUCACAUGGUGCCAUCAUUAGUACACGACAAGUAUGUCAUCAGGUUUUGUGUAGUGGCAGAACAUGCUACAGAAGAUGAUAUUGAUUACGCUUGGAAAAUUAUUAAGGAAACGGCAGUUACAGUUUUGUACAAUGAACAAGAACUCACAGAAAAACGAGAAGAGCAAGUGGAUGAAGUAUUUGAGUUAUCAGAACGUAAGAAGAAAGAUAAUGAUUUGGCCUACAGAAGAUCAUUCUUUGUAAGAAUGGUUAGUGAUCCAAAAAUAUAUAAUCCAAUAAUUGCUCGAUCAUCCCCUGGAUCCCGCAGACAUACUCAUUUAAGUUCAAUGGAUGAUGAUAUCCAUGAUCCAUUAUCCACUUCUACAAGUGAUACAGAAGACACAAUGACACAACCAGCGAGUUCAUGGAUAAGCUGGCCAUUAGCAUUCUUAUUUCAAGGAGUGUUUGAUGACAAAGAAGGCAAUAAUGAUGUUCCUGUAAGAUUUAGACACUUGGCGACUAAAAUGCAUUUUAAAUCAAAAAGCAAAUCACCAGAACACUUGGCCACAGAAGAAAACAAAUCACGACGUAAUUCUCCAGUAUUUCCAAGAAAAUCUAGUUAUGUUAAAACUGAAAACGAAACUAACAUGCAAAAAUAAGAACUGACCAAAAUAUAAAAAUAAUUUUUGCUUCUUUAUUUUUCUAGCUUGUUCAUAAAUAUAAUUAUUAUAAGUUCAUGACCUCGAAAGCACAAAAUAAAUCUAGAUGCUUAUAUUAAAAAUAUUUACUGUUUAGCUAAUUUUUGUAAAUUAUUUAAAAAAAAAAUAAUAUAUUAGGAUAAAAAUAAUGAAAUAUAUUUGAGGAAAAUGGCCAAGCUUACAAAUAUAUUGACUUAAUUGGUUUAGGAUAAAUGGUUGGUCAAAUUCAGAAUUAAGACCAA